AUGGUCUACAGCAAAAACGCAAAAGUCUACAUGUUCGCACGAACGACUACAAAAAACGAAAAGGCUCGCGACGAGAUCAAAGCUGCCUUUCCGGAAUCACACGGCGAAUUGAUCUGCGUCCAACUUGACCUCGCCGACCUUGAUAGUGUUCAAGCAGCGGCUUCAGAGUUCUUGAGUAUGGAAGACAAACUCCAUGUUCUUUUUAAUAAUGCAGGCGUUGGAUUCCCCGAGUAUGGAUCCAAGACAAAGCAGGGCUACGAACUACAGCUGGGAGUCAAUUGUCUUGGUAGUUUUGCCCUUACACAGAGAUUAACACCUGUGUUGGUUGAGACGGCGAAGACAUCUCCAUCAGGAAGUGUUCGUGUGGUUUGGGCGUCGUCUACAGCCGCGUUUUGGACGUCCACGAAAAAGUACAUCGACCGAGUCAAAGGUAUCGAAAAGCAGAGCCUAUUCCAACAAUAUGCGAUUAGCAAGCUGGGCAAUUACUACCACGCCACGGAAUAUGCUGCACGCCAUAAAAGCGACGGUAUCAUCUCUGUGCCGCUCAACCCUGGCAAUCUCGACUCAGAGCUUUGGCGCACGCAGGGGAAGUUUCUGACUUGGAUUCUUCGGAAGACUGUUUUUUAUCCGUCGCACUAUGGUGGGUAUGUUAAUAUCUUUGCUGGGUUCUCUCCUGACGUGACGCUUGACAGUUCGGGCAGAUUCAUUUCGCCGUGGGGAAGAUUGUGGCAUGCGCUCCCGGCUAUGGUGAAAGGAUCGAAGACUGAGGCUGAGGGGGGGACUGGCCACGCGAAACGGUUCUGGGAGUGGACGGAGGAACAGGUCUCACAACAUGGGUCUGCUCCUAGUGUCAAGGAGCCUCUUGAAUAG